GAUCAUCAUGAAUAAUCAAAAAGCUGUAGCUACACUACUGCAAGAGUGCAAGCAAGUGCUGGACCAGCUCUUGUUGGAGGCGUCAGAUGUGUCGAAGGAGGACAAGAGCGAGGACCAGCAGUGCAGAGCUUCACUCCCCAGUGAGUUAAGGACCCUGAUCCAGGAGGCAAAGGAAAUGAAGUGGCCCUUCGUGCCUGAAAAGUGGCAGUACAAACAAGCCGUGGGCCCAGAGGACAAAACAAACCUGCAGGAUGUGAUUGGCGCCGGGUUGCAGCAGUUACUGGCGUCCUUGAAAGCCUCCAUCCGCUCCCGCGACUGUACCACGGCUGCUGCCAUUGUGUUCUUAUGCGACCGCUUCCUGUACGGGCUCGACGUCUCCGGCAACCUCCUGCAGGUCGCCAAGGGGCUCCACAAGCUGCAGCCAGCAACGCCCAUUGCCCCGCAGGUGGUGAUUCGCCAAGCCCGAAUCUCGGUCAACUCAGGGAAACUUUUAAAAGCAGAGUAUAUCCUGAGCAAUCUAAUAAGCAACAACGGAGCAACAGGUACCUGGCUGUACAGAAAUGAAAGCGACAAGAUCCUGGUGCAGUCAGUCUGCAUACAGAUCAGAGGGCAAAUUCUGCAAAAGCUAGGGAUGUGGUAUGAAGCAGCAGAGCUAAUCUGGACCUCCAUCAUAGGAUAUCUGACACUUCCUCAGCCAGAUAGAAAGGGUAUUUCCACAUCACUAGGUAUACUGGCAGACAUCUUUGUUUCCAUGAGCAAAAAAGAUUACGAAAAGUUUAAAAACAAUCCACAAAUUCACUUGGGUUUGCUGAGGGAGUUUGACCACCAUUUGCUCUCAGCUGCGGAAGCCUGCAAACUGGCAACUGCCUUCAGUCCCUACACGCCCCUCUUUGUGCUCUCGGCUGUGAAUAUCCGCGGCACAUGCUUGUUGUCCUAUAGUAGUUCUAAUGACUGUCCUCCAGAAAUGAAAAAUUCAUAUCUGUAUGAAGCCAAAGAGGCCUUCGAAAUUGGCCUCCUCACCAAGAGAUAUGAUGAACCAGCUACUGGAAAACAAGAGCUUCAUAGUCUUCUCAAAGCUGCUUUCGGCCUUACCACAGUGCACCAAAGACUCUAUGGGGAGACAGAGAUGGUCCGUGUAGCAAGUCAGCUCUGUAAUGAAGCUAUGGGAAAGCUGUACAGUUUCAGUAGUUCCUCUGGAAGUCAGGAGAGAGAAGCUCUCUCUCAGCAGAUCUUGUCUAUUAUCACCCAGGUAAAGGAUCAUUUACAAAUUCAAGGCUUCUCAAAUUUAGAUGACAAGUCUUAUGUUCCAGAGAGUUUCAAGCGUGGGUUGGAUAAGCCCAUCUUUCAUGGGCAAGUGGAUUUCCAAAAAAUCCUUGAAGCCUAUUCACAGCACCAUACUUCAGUGUGUGAAGUAUUUGAAAGCUCUUGUGGAAACAACAAAAAUAAACAGGAAGAUACAAAAACAGGAGUCUGUAUCACUACUCUAAAAACAGAGACAAAAAACAUAGAUACUGUGUGUACUACUGAAGACAAAUCACAUUUUCAAAAAGGCAUGGUAAUGGCUAGGAAUAGUCAGGAGAAACUCAGCAGGAUAGGCAGGAAAAACUGGACCCAUUCUGAUGCAUUUCGAGUCUCCUUGGAUCAAGAUGUAGAGAUUGAGGUUGAGUCACCAGACCACAGCCAUGGUGAAGAAGCUGUUUUGGACAAGUCUCUGAGUGACAGCCAUUGCUCUAGUUCUUGGAGCAAGUUAUCAGGGGUUAGUUCUUCUACAAGCUGGGAGGAAGUGAAUUAUAUCGAUGAUAGGUCAACCAGAAAAGAGCCUUGCAAGGAAGAACAUCUUGUGGAUACUCAGUGUUCCACUGCCCUGUCUGAAGAGCUAGAGAUCAAUGAGGAAAGCAGAGCUGUACAUCCACUGUCUUCAGAGCUUCAUGGUCUCUCUCUCCAAGUAUCCAAGGAUGACAAUUUAGAGUUUUCUCAAAGUCAGCUACACAAACACAUACCCUUAACAACCUCCUGUCCUCAUAACACAACAGGCAUGUUCUUGGCCUCUGGUGCAGGCCUGUUAGAAGGAGCUCCAGAAGGUGUGCAAAAGGUUAGAAACAUGGGAUCCAGAAACACUUCUGGUCAUUCCAGCCCCUCAUUUGGUUCUGCUUCUUUGUCCUCUUCUGAUUCUUGUUGGCCCAAGAACAUAGCCACAUAUCCUUCAGUUCGAGAAGAAGAAACCUUUGAACUAAAUGAAUUUCCAGAAAUCCACUGUGAUGCCAAAGACAGGCAUGGGGAAGAAAUCAAAAGAGGGACAGGCCUUACAUUUAAAGAUAGUUCCUCCUGGGUUGACCUAGAAGGAGAAACAGAGGAAAAAGAAGAGGAUAUGCCCUUAGACUCUCACGUAGUCAUGGAGGGUUCUCUGGGUAAAAACUCUGUGAUGCCAUGUAGCUCUUUCACUCUUCAUUGGCCUGUUCAAAAUCCUGACUCAGGAAAGAGCAGUGGUUCAGUCAAAGAGCAGAACAUUGACCCUGAUGCCUCUACAGUGGAUGAAGAGGGCCAACUGCUCGACAGCACUGAUGUUCACCCCACAAAUGGGUGUGGCUCUUCGAGCCUAUGUUCCCUGAGGCAGCUGCAUGGUUGGGGGGCUGAGACCCCUGACCCAUCUGUAAGCAGUAACAUUGCCUUCCCUGAUCUUAGCAAGGACUGCACUACCACAGAAGAAGGAAACGAACCAGGAAACAUGCUAAACUGCAGCCAGAACUCCAGCUCGUCCUCAGCGUGGUGGUUGAAAUCACCUGCAUUUUCCAACGGUUCUUCUGAGGGGGAAAACCCAUGGUCCUUUCUGAAUUCCAGUGGAAGUUCUUUUGUUUCAUUGCCAGGAAUGAUAAGGCAAGAGAUCCUAGAUGCUCGAACCCUGCACCCUGAUGACUUUGAAAAACUCUUGGCAGGAGUGAGCCAUGAUUGGCUGUUACAGAGACUGGAGAAUACAGGAGUUUUUAAGCCCAAUCAACUCCACCGAGCACACAAUGCUCUUUUAUUAAAAUACUCUAAAAAAUCAGAAUUAUGGACAGCCCAAGAAACUGUUGUAUAUUUGGGGGACUACCUGAAUGUAAAGAAGAAAGGCAGACAAAGAAAUGCUUUUUGGGUUCAUCAUCUUCAUCAAGAAGAAACUCUGGGGAGAUAUGUUGGGAAAGAAUAUAAGGAGCCAAAGGGGCUCCGGCACCACUUCACUGAUGUGGAACGUCAAAUGACCGCACAGCACUACGUGACAGAGUUUAACAAGAGACUUUAUGAACAAAAGGUUCCAACACAGAUCUUCUAUAUCCCAUCCACAGUAGUACUGAUUUUGGAAGGCAAGACAAUAAAGGGAUGUAUCAGUGUGGAGCCUUACAUACUGGGAGAAUUUGUGAAGUUAUCAAAUAACACAAAAGUGGUUAAAACAGAAUACAAAGCCACAGAAUAUGGCUUGGCUUAUGGCCAUUUUUCCUAUGAGUUUUCUAAUCAUAGAGAUGUUGUAGUCGAUCUACAAGGUUGGGUGACUGGUAAUGGAAAAGGGCUCAUCUAUCUGACAGAUCCCCAGAUUCACUCUGUUGGUCAGAAUGAUGUCACUACCAAUUUUGGAAAGAAAGGAAUUUUUUACUUUUUUAAUCACCAGCAUGUGGAAUGUAAUGAAAUAUGCCAUCGUCUUUCUCUGACAAGACCUUCAGUUGAGAAACCAAAUAAUUCAUAGGCUCUCUGGCAUGGUAAUGGAAUAGGUUUAGCGCUGCUUACCUGUGUGGGGUCCUGCUCUCCUUC